AUGCCAACGAUUGAUUUUACUGGAUGUUUAUCAACUUAUUGGUUCGUCUGGUCAAUAAAUGGCUUUGGUUCAAUAUUGGGUCUUACAAUAAAUAUGAUUGUAUCAUUUGUCUUUCUAAAACAUAUUGGUAAUUUAGCGAAGGGCAAACCAUCGGUACCAAAAAAUCGAAAAAAAGAUUUUUCCAUGUAUCGUAAUACUUCACCGACUUUUGACACACCUGUUGAUCCGUGGGCGCCUGAUCCCACUAUGGGAAAUAUAUUUGCUACGUCAAAUGUUUAG